ACUGGCCUUAUGUGGUCAGGGACAGUCAGCCAUCCAGAAGCCACUGCACCAUGAGUGUGUCUGUGCUGAGCCCCACCAGAGCCCUGGGCAGCAUCUCUGGGAUCCUGCAUGUAGCGUUCCUGCUCGGUCUGGUUCUGCUGCUGCUCAAGGCAGCCCAGCUCUACCUGCACAGACAGUGGCUGCUCAAAGUCCUCCAGCAGUUCCUGUGUCCUCCUUCCCACUGGCUGUUUGGGCACCAACAGGAGUUCCAGAAUGACCAGGAGCUACAACAGCUUAAAAAAAGGGUAGAGAAAUUUCCAUGUGCCUGUCCUCGCUGGCUGUGGGGGAGCAAUGUCAUAUUCCUGGUUUAUGACCCUGACUACAUGAAGGUGAUCCUAGGAAGAUCAGACCCAAAGACACAAGAUAUGUACAGAUUCCUGGCUCCAUGGAUUGGGUGUGGUUUGCUCCUGUUGAAUGGACAGACGUGGUUCCAGCACCGGCGGAUGCUGACCCCAGCCUUCCAUUAUGACAUCCUCAAGCCCUAUGUGACAAUCAUGGCGGACUCUGUCCAAGUGAUGCUGGACAAAUGGGAGGAGCUCAUCAGCCAGGACUCCCAUCUGGAGAUCUUUGAACACGUCUCCUUGAUGACCCUGGACACCAUCAUGAAGUGUGCCUUCAGCCAGCAAGGCAGCAUCCAGACAGACAGGAACUCCCAGUCCUACCUCCAGGCCAUUGAGGAUAUAAAAAACCUCAUUCAUUCUCGACUGAGGAGUUUCUUCUACCAGAAUGACAUCAUCUAUGGGUUGACUCCUGAGGGCCGCAGGAACCACUGGGCCUGCCAGCUCGCCCAUCAGCACACAGACCGAGUGAUCAAGUUGAGGAAGGCACAUCUGCAAGAGGAGGGAGAGAUGAAGGAGGUCAAGAGAAAGAAGCACUUGGACUUCCUGGACAUCCUCCUCUUUGCCAGAAUGGAGAAUGGGAGCUGCUUGCCUGACAAGGACGUCCGUGCCGAGGUGGACACAUUCAUGUUUGAGGGCCAUGACACCACAGCCAGUGGCAUCUCCUGGAUCCUCUACUCUCUGGCUGCACACCCCGAGCAUCAGCACAGGUGCCGCAAAGAGAUCCAGAGCCUCCUGGGGCAUGAUGCCUCCAUCACCUGGGAUCAGCUGGAUCAGAUGCCCUAUACCACCAUGUGCAUCAAGGAGGCACUGCGACUCUAUCCGCCUGUACCAUUUGUUGGAAGAGAGCUCAACAAGCCCAUCACCUUCCCUGAUGGACGCUCCUUACCCAGAGGAAUCAAACUCUCACUUUCUUUUUAUGGUCUUCACCACAAUCCGAAGGUGUGGCCCAACCCAGAGGUGUUUGACCCUUCCCGUUUUGCACCAGGUUCUGAUCUACACAGCCAUGCUUUCCUGCCCUUCUCAGGAGGAUCGAGGAACUGCAUUGGGAAGAAUUUUGCCAUGAAGGAGAUGAAGGUGGCCGUGGCAUUGACCUUGCUUCGCUUUGAGCUGGCAGUGGAUCCAUUUAGAGUCCCCAUCCCAGUACCAAGAGUUGUUUUGUGUUCCAAGAAUGGAAUCCACCUGCAGCUCAGGAAGCUCCUCUAAUCCAUUUUGGGACAAGAGCAAGCUCUGAAGAUCUCCUUCCUGCCGUCCUGUCUCCCUGUUCCAUGAGGCCAUCUUCUGUCUAUCAAACCAAGUCCUGCUUCCCACAUGCCAUUCUACCUGACCUCUUCCUCUGGUCCUCUGACUGCCCGUCUAACCUGUCAUUUUCACUUUCUGCCUGCUUGUCUUCCCUGUAUAGUUUCCUUUACAUGCUAGAAUAAACUACUAUAGCCUCAGUGACAUAGCACACCACAAAUUUUCUCUUAGCAUCUAGAUUCUUAAGUCUGAAAUGUGUUUCAUAAGAUCACCACCAAGGUGUUGGUAGGGCCAUGCCACCUCCAGGGCUCUAGAAGAAAAUUUCUGUCUUGGUUUUUCCAGCAUCUAGAUCUGCCUUAUCACAUUCCCUGUCUCCUGGAGCCAUUCUCUGUGCACAAAUAAAACAGAACCUUCAAUGUC